AUGGGUGGCGGAAAGGGAGGCGCCGAUUUUGAUCCUAAGGGAAAGUCGGACAACGAAAUCCGAAAAUUCUGUUCCGCCUUCAUGAUGGAACUCAGCAAACAUAUAGGUGCUGAUAUUGACGUUCCAGCCGGCGACAUUGGUGUUUCAGGGCGUGAGAUUGGUUUCCUAUUCGGUGCAUACAAGAGACAGCGACACCUGUGGGAGGGCGUAUUGACUGGGAAAGGACUUAGCUGGGGGGGGAGCCACAUUCGCCCCGAGGCCACUGGGUAUGGUCUGGUUUACUACGUCCAACACAUGAUCGAAUAUGCCACAGACGGCAAAGAAAGCUUCAAAGGCAAGCGAGUCGCGAUCUCCGGCUCAGGAAACGUCGCGCAAUACGCAGCACUCAAGGUCAUCGAAUUCGGCGGCACCGUCUGCUCUCUCAGCGACAGCAAGGGAUCACUAAUUGUCCGCGACCACAUGGAUAGUAUCACCCCAGAAGAAAUAUACCUGGUGCAAGAGCUCAAAGUCGAACGCAAGCAACUGUCCAGCCUUUCUAGCACCGAUGCCUUCCGCGGACGAUACAAAUACGUCGAGGGUGAGCGACCGUGGACGCACGUCGGCAAAGUUGAUGUUGUCCUGCCCUGCGCCACGCAGAAUGAGGUCUCUGGACCCGAAGCCCAGGCAUUGAUGGACGCUGGCGCUAAGUACAUUGCCGAGGGGUCUAAUAUGGGUUGCACGCUGGCUGCUGUUGAGCAUUUCGAAGCCAGUCGCCGCUUCCACGCCAUGGGGAAAUCCACCUGGUAUGGCCCCGGAAAGGCAGCCAAUGCAGGCGGUGUUGCUGUCUCCGGUUUGGAGAUGGCGCAGAAUGCGCAGCGCCUAACCUGGACAGCUUCUGAGGUCGAUGCGAAAUUGAAGCAGAUCAUGAAGGAGUGCUUCGAGAUCGGCGUUCAGACGGCAAAAAAAUAUGCAUUGCCUGAAGAGGGCGACGGAUUACCUUCCUUAGUUACGGGAAGCAACAUUACUGGCUUCAUGAAAGUUGCAGCCGCGAUGAAUGAUCAGGGCGAUUGGUGGUGA